AUGGGGGACGUGGGCGGCCUGUGGGCAUGGGGGUGGAGGAGCGAGCCGGAGUCGGACGCCAAGGGACAGGGCCUGGGACGGGCGGGUGCUGGGGGAUGGGAAAGCGCGGGGCGACGGCGGCCGCCGCAGUCGCGACUCGCACCGCAUCUCCUCCGCUCACCUCCACAGGAGGGCGCUCACCCCAAGGACAAGCAGACUCGCAAGCAGGGCCAGUACGGGCCGCCGCGCAAGAAGAAGCCGCACGCGCCGCUGCCGCCGCUCGAGGCGUCCACGGCCGAGCCGCUCCCGCUGCCGUCGGCGCCGCACGUCAGCUCCACGCCGCCCAGCAACGCCCUCGACGACCAGAACCGCGACUACUGGUGGAUGAACGGCGGCGGCAGCAUCUUCUCGCAGCCCGGGCCCGCGCCGCCCGCGCCCCCGCAGGGAUGCGGAGGCGCUAGCGGCGGCAGCUGCGGCGGCGUCAACCCCAACAACCCCUUCUUGGGAGGCCACGGCGGAAGCUCGGGGGCUCCUGGAUCACCUGGAUCACCCGGUUCACCCGGCUGCGGUGGAGGUCUCGGCUCCGGCGGCUGCUCUCCCGGAGGAGUCAACCCCAACAACCCGUUUCUGGGUGGCCAUGGAGGAUCUCCUGGCUCUCCGGGUUCUCCUGGCUCUCCGGGUUCUCCUGGCUCUCCGGGUUCUCCUGGCUCUCCCGGUUCCCCCGGCUCCGGCUGUGCGGGCGGUAUCGGCGGCGGCGGCUGCGGCGGCUCUCCCGGUUCCUACCCUAACAACCCGUUCCUCGGAGGCGGCUCCAAACCCUCCGCGCCCGGCUCCCAGUUCGUGAGCUGCACGCAGGCCGGGCACGUGUGCGUGCCGAAGGAGCACUGCCGCAACGGCGUCGUGGUGCAGGACGGCAGGCACCUCUUCGAUUUGCGAAGCGGGCAGCAGUGCGACAGCGCCACCCAGGCUUGCUGCUUCCGGCCCGCCUCGCAGCCCAGCCCGCCGGGCUGCACCGGCCCCCCGGGCAACUUCGUGUGCGGCGGCAUCGGCGCCGACGGCCAGUCGGCCGGCUCGCAGCCCGGCCUCGUGCACAUCGCGCCCGGCCAGCCCGGCCGACCCGGGCAACCCGGUCACCCAGGCCAACCGGGACAACCCGGACAGCCCGGUCAACCCGGUCAGCCAGGCCAACCCGGACACCCAGGUCAGCCGGGUCAACCCGGACAGCCCGGUCAACCCGGUCAGCCAGGCCAACCCGGACACCCAGGUGAGCCCGGACAGCCCGGCCUCAUCCACAUCCGUCCGGGCUCCCCGGGCAGCCCCGGCUCCGCCACCUACAACCCCGGCACCCCCGGCCAACCAGGCCUGGUCCACAUCGCCCCCGGCAGCCCCGGCACGCCCGGCUCGGCCACCUACACUCCCGGACAGCCCGCUCAACCCGGCUCCGACUGCGCUGACCCGGAGACGGGCCGCCUGGGCAAGUGCUGCCGCGACCCCAACUACAAGGACCCCUGGCCCGGCGGCAUGAUGAUGGGCCCGGGGCACCCCGGCGCGCACCCGGGUGCCCACGCGCACCAGCCCGACGAGUGCGGCCCCGCCGCCGCCUGCCUGCACGCCUACCAAUGCGCCGACGCCAACAAGGUGGCGCCGGCCAAGGGCUGCCGCGUGCCUCUGGACGGCGCGUCGGGCGUGUGCUGCUCCUUGGACGGGUCGGCGGCCGGCAGCGCCCCGCAGCCCACCGCCAAGCCCGGCUCGCACUACUACUCCCCCGGCAAGGGCGUGCAGCCCGGCGGCAUCUCGCACACCCCCGGCAGCCCCGCUCGGCCCGGUAGCGCGUCCUACACUCCAGGCAGCCCCGCUCAGCCCGGCAGCGCGUUCCUACACUCCAGGCAAGCCCCGCUCAGGCCGGAGCGCUUCCUACACUCCAGGCAGCCCCGCUCAGCCCGAGCGCUCCUACACUCCAGGCAGCCCGCUCAGCCCGGAGCGUCUCCUACACUCCAGGCAGCCCCGCUCAAGCCCAGGUACGUCUCCUACACUCCAGGCAGCCCCGCUCAGCCCGGCAGCGCGUCCUACACUCCUGGCCGCCCUGCUCAGCCCGGGAGCGUCACCUACACUCCCGGCAGCCCCGCUCAACCCGGUGGCGUGUCGUACACUCCAGGCAGCCCUGCUCAACCUGGAUCUGUGAACUACCAACCUGGUAAACCCGCUCAGCCUGGUACCCCAGGUCUCCCCGGUGCUCCUGGCCAACCUGGAACUCCAGGACAUCCUGGUGCUCCUGGCCAACCUGGAACUCCAGGACAUCCUGGUGCUCCUGGCCAACCUGGAACUCCAGGAUACCCCGGUGGGCCUGGCCAACCAGGAAUCCCCGGACAACCUGGAACUGGACACGCCGGUACUCCUGGACAGCCUGGUCAUCCCGGAACUCCCGGUACCCCUGGGUCAGUCAGCUACACUCCCGGAUCACCUGGAUCACCCGGAUCCGUGAGCUACACUCCUGGAUCCCCUGGAACUCCUGGUUCGGUGUCUUACACUCCCGGACGUCCUGCUCAGCCUGGCUCCGUUUCGCACACCCCCGGCUCGCCAGGAUCCCCUGGCUCCGUGUCCUACCAGCCAGGAAGGCCCGGAUCUCCCGGCUCCUACCAGCCAGGCGGCCUGCCCCAGCCGUCCACCGCCAAGCCCAUCUACUACGAGCCCAUCGACUCAAACAACCCUAGCGGACCCAACUGCGGCAUCGGAGGUCCCAUUCUGCUGGUGGUGGUGGUGGGCGCGUGGCUGCUGGGCGAGGUGCCCGCUGGCGCGCACGAGGCGCGCGUGGCGGCCGUGGCGCGCCACCCGGGCUUCGACGCCGGCUCGCUGGCGCAGGACCUGGCGCUGCUGCUGCUGGAGCGCGCGCUGGCGCCCGCCACGCCCAUCUGCCUGCCGCCCUCGCCCGCCGCCUUCGACGCCGCGCAGCAGCGCGCCUGCGUGGAUGCUGGUGGUCCAAUUGGCUGUGAUCGUGGUGAUGGUAGGUAUUUCCUUGCUGGUUUAUACAGCUGGGAUGUUGGAUGUUCUGUGAAAACAAACCCUGCUGUUCUGGCUGGCAUUGACAUCACUUGGAUACAAAGUGUGCUUGUCAAACCAGUAAAUCAAGUAGCACAGGAAGAAGAACAGGAAGCGAGACACAAAGAGACCGUUGGUCAAAGUCCAGAUUUUGACACAGACAGUAAACCCGGUUUCUCUCAGGGCUAUGGUAAAAAAUAAACAAAAUUUCUGGUUUUAAGAUGACUGUCAAUCAUAACAAUAGAGUAUGUAUUAUAUUCGAUGUUUCCUCAAAUAAGUUUGUUUUAAAAAUGUUCUCAGUAUUGAUGAAUGAAUGAGGCCAACAACAAAUGAAAUGAACCUCAAAUCAUUUCCAUUUUGUAGUGCUUGAAUUUCGCUCAUGUAAAUGUAUUAGCUACAUGUGCACUCUUCAUUGUUGUAUUGAAUUUGUAGCUUUUGCUGGUAGAAUGUGAGCAACUUUGCUGUGAUACUUAGCUCUGCGUCUUACAAUGUGUUCCUUUCCUGUGUUUUAAAUGGAAAGUUUACAUGCAUCUUGACUGAGCAGUAAUUUAUUUAUUUUCAGACAUGAAAUAUACUAUCUACAAUAAGCAUUAUAGUGAAUACUAUUUUUUUUAUAAAGAUGCUGUGUGCUUGCUGUCUGUUCCAAUUGUUGUUCAGAAAUAGACAAUAAAAAUUUUAUUCCACAUAUUAACUGGUUAUUGAAGAUAUGAGUUUAUAAGAUUUUGUAAAUGUAAGAAAUUAUCCAGAUACAUAUCCUUUACUAACAACUCUACUGAAGACCUGUUUUUUCCAACCAUUGUCUAGCAUUUAUCUUGCAUCCCAAACUUUCUGGCAUUCCCUUGGUACAAAUUUUUACAAAUCAGAAUGUGACUUCCUUUAUUAAUUGAAAGAAACAUUUCAAUGAUUUAAACAAUAUGUAUAUGUGAUUUAAUCAUGUAAUGAAAUGUUUUUAAACAGAAUGGCCACUCUUCAUGCAACAAAUUUCCCUUACAUUUCUUGGCUCUCCAAGUACAUUUUCUCCCUUACAAGAUUCACACUAUUUAUAGAAAACAUUCAAUAAAAGCAAGGUUUCAGUACCUCUUAUUAAUUUGAUAGCUGUUUUUGCCAUGUAUUAGAAAAAAUUAAGAAUUCUAUUAAAACAAAUGUAAAACGUUUAAAAAAAUAACAUAGUUUUAACAACCGAUGAUUUUUAAGGAAUAAUAUCUAAUUUUAAAAUUAUCUCAAACAUUUCCCUUAUUUCUCAAACUUUUUCUAUGAAUUUGCAGAUUACUCUGAUUCUUCUAUGUCAAUGAAAUUCCCUGGCUUUUCCCAAUUUUCUAAAAUGUGGCCACCUUAUUGAAGUUUAUACAGUAAAACCUAAGGCAGAAUCUGGAUAAGAUGGAAGCUUGCCUUCUCGGAAAAAAAAUUGCAGAAUGGAGUAUUUUUUAAAUGCAAAGUACACUGGAUAAACCAGAAUCCUGCCCAACACGGAAACAGAAA